CUUGGUUGGAAUUGGCUACAUGAAUAUUUCAUAAGGUGGGUAGAGUGUCGUCUGCCGAACCGGAAGAACGACAUAUCUGGCGGACGAUCGGAGAGGAGCAGACAUGGCAACCGUGGCUGCGCUGAUGCUAUGUGCGGCGGCGGCGUUGGUACAAGUAGGGAAUGCGGUUGAAACAGUGUACAUGGUGCCGUUAAUGGGUAGACGGGACAAUGAUAGCGUCACCUCUAGCGACAAGGUCAAGUACACGUUUGUCCUCACGAAUACCGGAGAAACGUCUAUCAAGGUUCAAAUUGUUGGCCUCAAUAACAUCACAUGGAUCAACGAGACCAUAACACCACCGAUUGAUGUCCAGAAAGGUGAAAGCAAGGUCCACACAUUUGAAGACGACAGCAGGUCCCUUCGUGGCUCCGUCUAUUCAAACCAGACAGUGAUGGUGCGUUCAGAUGGUAAAUUUCAGCUGCAAGUGUUUGUCGAUGACCACGGCUACAAGGAGGGUUUUCUCGGCAUUCCCCAGUCGUACCUCAUCGACGGUCCGGUCGAACCGUUCAACGCGUCAGAGUACGUCACAUCAACGUUCUGCGCUAACGGCGGCUACUGCCAGUUUGCCGUGUCUGCGUUCGUCAACGACACGAUAGUCUCGAUCAAAUUCCCACACAACGUGCCCUUCCACAUAACCCUAUGUAAACAAAAAACAUUCAUCAACUCGGUGGACGACCCUGCCAUCACUAUGGGCGCAUUCGACACGAUUCAAUUCGAAAGUACCUACGAUCUUAGCGGGGUUCAUAUUUACAGCUUUCAGCCGAUCGCGGUGUUUGUUGGUUCCCGCAAUUUGACCAGCAAUUUUGCACACACGAUCGAGCAGUUGGUUCCUAGCUCAUACUGGGGUAAGGAGUAUGUGGUGCGGUCCAAUGCAGUCAGCGGAUACGGUGACAUAGUCAAACUGACCAGCAGCUGGAACAAAACGCAGGUCUCGAUGACGGGCUUCGCGCCGUUUGUAAUCAGCAACAGGGCGGAAGUAGUGGCGAGGAGGCUCGACAGCGGUACUUUGACUCACAUCAAGGCUUCACAUGAAAUUCAGGUCAUGAAGGUAACCGGUGCGGCGUAUGCUAGAGGCAACGCCACAAACGUGAGUCUGACGUACGUGCCUCCCCUUGAAGCGUUUGCAAACGUAACAAAGGGAAAAUGCUACGACGGGACAAAUGCCAAAUUACAUAUUAUUACACAACGAAGCCUUAACAUUACCGGUUUGUCUGCGGCGAUACCUACCAAAUUGGUACCUUUCACUUCGGUGUAUGAGCAUGUGUAUGAGGUAGGACUAGGUGGCAAUUACAGUGUGCCGAUGGUGUCUACUGGUGUUAUUAUGACAGGAAUCCUGCAGUGCGACACCGCUCUCCUGCCUCUUGUCAUGCGCAAUAACCAAGAAUCGCUUACAUCGCCUUUAAUCCAGAAAGAAGUCAUCGUGGAAGAAUUCGGGAGGGAGUGUAGAGAGGGGUUCCACGGCGAGUCGGUUUACAACGAGACCACGAGUAUCAUAUCUGCGCACAUGCUCAAUCUUAGCGCUACAACCCUGGGCGAUGACAUCUUGAUGCUUAGGGCCAAGGUGUGCGGAGAAGGCUCGCUUGUAUUCCACACAAACAGCAAGUCGGUACAUCUUUUGUUCAGUAAGUUCCGGAUGGUCAUCUUCGAGUGCACGCAGGACCAAUGCACGCAGCCUGUAAGCACUGCGAGCUGGUUCAACAAGAAAGCCGAUCAGUGUGGGGACGACAUGUUGAUGUAUUGGUUCCGUUUGAUCAACGCCUCACAACUGUGCUACGGCGAGGGAGUGAUGCCGGACAAGUCUAAGAUGUGCAAUGAUCCCAAUCUCAAUCCCAAACUCGAAAGCAAGCGGUACAAUCUGUCAGAAAGUCCAACCAAGAUCCUCAUGUCUGGUCUGACAGCGAGCGCAAUGUUUAACUACGAAUUCAAAACGUUGAACGGGUGCGCCGUCUAUAAUAACACAUCAUGGCGCUGCCAAGACCGGAGACACGACUGCUCGCGCUACGGAACCAAGUUCUGCUCCGAGAACAAAGACUUUGCCUCGUAUUGGUGUGCAAAACACUGUGGCAUUUGCAAAGUGGAUAACUUUGGGAGAGAGUUUAAAUUUGAAACUCCAGUGCCGUUUGACAAUAUAUUACAAGAAAAUUAUGUUAGUCUGUAUGUUACUCCACUGCAAUCCAAUACCCUCGUUGCUGUCGGCUUUGUGGUCAAAACAGACUCCUCCAACUAUACGGUCUAUACAGAAUACUCCAAUACAGAAAACUCCACAGUGUGGCACGGGGAUACGCACAAUGACGGCAUCCGAUAUUACGACCCCGUUGAUGUAGAUUAUGGAAAAUUGUGUAAAGAACGCGUGUGCACCAUACAUAUAUACAGCGAUAAAGAUGUCGCUGUCAAUGUAGUUUUCCGAAAGACAAGUUUCAACACACCAGAUUAUAUCAAUACACCAUUAUUUCCCUCUGACCUUCAAACAACAAAAUUUAUUAUGUUGAGUGAUGACAAAAUGGUUAGUCCUAAUUGUCGAAUCGUGUCAGAGUUUAAAGAAACUACCAUGUCCAUAAAACAAUUGAAAAAGAGCUAUCCGUUUACAUCAGAAACAAACUUCUGUGCAGAAAAUUGCAUUAGUGCAGACAUUUCUGGAAUAACAGUUGAGACAAACAGACCAUCCCUUAUUUUCUGUGGUAGUAGAGAUCAAUUUUCUCACUUCAGUCAACUUAUACCGAUUCAUUCAAUGGCGACACAAUUUUACUUUCCAUCUAUGCCACUUCUCGCGUCUUUAUAUAACGCCAAGCUAGUAUUCCUGACCAAUAGCGACAAUACGAUCGUGAACAUAUCGAAAGGUUUCGAUUCCUUCCACCUGCUCUACAACAGGGGGAACAAGGCCAUGCAAGACAUCGACCUCUCGGCGCCCUACAAUAUCACCGCAUCGGAGCCUAUCGCAGUCGGUGUUACUUUUUCAGACCAUUUAAACAGGACCGUGUUCCACAUUGUACCCCCAACGCACAACUUCGUCAGUGGGUAUUUCGCCUCCUUGUUCAGAUACCCUGACCUCAAGACGCCACAGCCAUCAACUGUCGUACACUCGGCCUAUCACAAUGGUAGCUCGGACACCUCUCACACGGACAAUACAAAUGCUAAGCCCGUCUACAGAUUCUGGGACUCGAAUGGCCCCGCCUAUGGGUUCUCCGUUGUCCAGUUCAACCACAACACGUCGAUGAUCGUCCCUGGCUACUCGUCUAUUGGACCAAUGAUCACGCCGAUAAAACCGGAUAAUGAAACAACAACAGCGAUAAUUGGUGACAACAUCGACAACGACUGCGAUGGGCAAAUCGACGAAGAAACUUGCUAUCUGGGUUACGGCGUAUACCCUACAGAUCAUGACCUAGACGGCGCCUUCAACGAAGACUGCGGAGCGAUUAAUGAAACUGGCGAUUCCAUCGUGUCGGCCCCUGUGCCCCCCGUCUGCAUGGAGCCACCGAAUCGCCCGGAGUCACAAUGCUGGACAGUCUGUAAAUGUCCAUGCUCAUGGGUGGAAAAAUACGAGUUGGAAAAGAAUCUAACCAAGACGGAGCUGGAGGAGAAGUACAAGGACAAGAACGAGCAAAUGCAACGGACACUGGCUGUUUCUAAGGAAAAUCUGAUGAACACCGCCAUGAAAAAGAAGAGCGCAAGAGACGACCGGAAGAGCGCCGCAAGCAUCGGCUACGUGGGCAUCGCCAUUUUCGCUAUCGUCUUUGGCACAAUCGUCAUCUUGGACAUCUCGGCUCUCAUGCGUGACGGCCGCAUGUUCAUCAUGAACUGGCGAGACGGGAUCGGCCGCCUUGUCCGCUGCAUCCGGCGCAAAUUAUGCGCGUGACGUGUUUGUGAAGAUAUGUUUUAAAUAUAUGCGUAGUGAGUACAUCAUUUGGACUUGAUCAAUUUUAUGUAAUUAUUGCAUCGAAAGCACAUAAAAGCUUAAGACGAAGUUCACGAUAUUGUGAAUUGAUUUAAAAUUAAAAAAAAAUUGAAUGCUGCAAUACUUGGGUUUUAAUAUUUGUGUAAAAUUUCUGUGGUGUUUACAUAAUCGUAUACAUGUAGAUGUAUUUUUUACAUUCAAUUAUUAUUGUAUGUCAUUAUCAUAUAUAAACAUGAAUUUAGAAUGCAGGCAAAAGAUAAUCUGGUCAUGCGUCUGGUCGAUCAUUCAAACUAGAUUUUCAUGUUUCAAAGGAAUAACAUCUUUGUAAAGGUGAAAUUGUACACACUAGAGGACAAUCCAUGCAGAAACUAAAUAUAAAUAAAGUAGAAAAGAAAAGGACAAAUAUUGAAAACAUAAAUAUUUACGAUUGUGUAUUAUUAUUUUAUUAUAUUCGCGCACUUUUUUCCAUUUUAAUACAUUUUCAAAUUGUUUUUUUUAAAUUUCAAUAUGUAUUCAAAAUAUAGAGUUUCUCCGAAUGUAUUUUAAUUGUAUUCUUAUAUGAAUAUGUACCUACUGAAAAGUAAACGUAAGUUAAUAGCUCAAAGUAUGAAUGAACAAAGCGUUUUGGCAGUGGUCAAAUCGGGAGAGAUUUAUGUGCAGAGAUGUUGAUGUUAGGACAUUGCUGAGAACAUGUGCCUAGCAAAACGUUUGACAAAUCUUGCAUCGUUAAAAAAUCAAAGUCGCAAGUAAAGGAAGCGUUUGUUUAAGUUGGCAUACUGCUUGUAAUGUGAUUUUCGUGGACAUGUAGUUAAAAUGUAUAGAAAAAAAAAAAAAAUUGAUUUGAAGAUAAUGAGUCAUUUAAUGGCACACAUUAGUUUUUGUCUCGUCAACAUCUACGAUACAUAUCCCAAUAUUGCUGGAAAAAAGGGGAAAAAAUAAUGCGAUAGCUUUCAAUUAUGAUGCAUUUGAUACUUUUCAAGUUAAUAAGAAAAUAGUAGCAACAUCGCCGCAAUUGUACCACUGUAUAUACAUAUGUGUCUUGUUCUGUGAAAAUUUGACAAAAUGCAUGUGCGUAACGUGUCGUCCCAGAUAGCCAGUGCGGUCCGUACAGGCUAAUCAGGGACGACACUUUCCGCUUUAAUGGUAUCUUUCGUUUAAAGGUAGUCCUUUUUUACCGAAAAUCCAGUUUAAGCGGAAAGUGUCGUCCCUGAUUAGGCUGUGCGGACCGCACAUGCUAAUCUGGGACGACACAUUACGCACAUGCAUUAUGCCCAGUUUUCUCAGGCCAAGACGCAUAUAAUUAUAACACGCAUACGGGAACGUUGUUUUUUAAGCUUUACAUGGUCCGCUGCCACAAUUGAAUAUCUGAUCAAGUCUUCUUAGUAGGCCAACUACAGCAGUAAUGCGCAUCGGUUACCACUCUUGUUUUGGACUAUUGUCGAACGAACUCGUGUAAAUGAACUUUUUCAAGAAAAGUUAAAUUUUGACAUUUAAACGAAUGCGAAUACAAUAAAAGAUUUUGGGCCCCUGUGCCAAGGUUCUCGAUUAAAUAGAAUAUUCACGUACACCCUGGCAUUGUACGAUCCAUCGCCCGUAAGCUCGCCGAUGCAAGAUUUAAUCUAUAAGCAAUUACUUUGUAUGUUCACUGAGCAAGUUUUCCCAUGCUGAAACUAUAUUUUUUCUUUACAGUCGUUGUUGUUGUUGUUGCUGUUGUGUUGUUGUUUGUUAAACCGUUGUUGCUAUUUUGUAUAUAAAGGUUUGGGAAAGUGUGGGUCACAUGUUAAUAAUAAAAGUAAUGAUAAUAAUAACAAUAAUAACAAAAAUAAUAAUACUCACAUGAUAAAAGAAAUGUUACUUCAAUGAUAAUAAUAAUAAUAAUAAAAAUAAUAAUAAUAUGUAUUACACAAAGAGUAAUUGUCUUUUUUACAAAUAUUAACAUAUAGUUGAAAAGCAUUUGGUUAACCAUAUAACAAUUUCAUAUCUUAGUAUAUAUUGACCAUUCUGUAAAGAUAUAAGUUUAUAUGACUUUUUAGAUAUUGAUGAUGUUAAUUGUUUCUUGUUAUGCAAGUUAAGUUUUAUUUUAUUUUUAAACAAAUUGUUGUGUGAGCAUGUUUACAGCUUAACAAAUAGAUGUGGUUGUUUUAUAAUCAAAUGUUGUUUAUGUAUUUUUUUUAUUUAUUCAUUAAAUGUUGUAUUAAGA